AUGCAAAUAGAUAAUGUGGCGUUGAGGGGAGUGGCUACUCAGUCAUCUCUGUGGAGUAACGAUGUAGCUCAACUUGCCAUUGAUGGGAACAGAGACGCAAACUUGGCUGAUAGAUCCUGUAGCAGCACUUCAGAGGAGACCAACCCCUGGUGGAGGGUGGACCUUCUGGGUCGGUACAGUGUCACUGCUGUUACUGUCACCAACAGAGAAGACUGCUGUCCCACCAGGAUUGAUGGUGCUGAGAUUCACAUCGGUAACUCACUGGACAACAACGGCAUUGACAACCCCAGAUGUGCUGUCAUCUCCAACAUCCCAGCAGGACAGACCUACACUUUCCAGUGUAAUGAGAUGGAGGGUCGCUACGUUGUUUUGGUCAUCCCUGGACAGGCUCAAUAUCUUACCCUAUGUGAAGUGGAAGUAUAUGGCUAUCUUGUUAUGACUCAGCAGGUGGUGAGAUUGAAGCUGGCCCAAAAGGACCAGAACAUGAACCUGACUGAUGUGGAUUUGCAGGUGGCCAUCUUGCAGCAGGGUGGCAUAGGAGCGUUCUGCUUCACUGAGAGACAGGUGGCUCAGUCUGCUGUCAUACCUGCACCGAACAACAGUGAUGACUGUUUUUCACUUAAGGGCCAGUUUGGAAAAGGCUAG